AUGGAUCGACCAGAGCUCGGCCGGUGGCAGCUGUACAAAGCAGCGCAAGCGCAGGUGGUAAAGUGGCUGAUUCAGACAGCUGGCGAUACUGUGCGUGGCACGUCUGCCCUGAAAGCGCACCAACUACUUGACUUGGCGCGGUCGACGGCAGGUGCAGCUACUGCAGUGCCUCCUGCCAUCAUCGCAUCUCUUCAAGACGUCAUCGAUGGCCGGCAGUCUCAAGCAAACUGGCACAGUCAGCGGUCCAAUGUGAGAGACAACGAAAAUCACCAGUGGUUCAUUGAGCUACUGAUAAAAGUCCGCAAUAUCCUGCUGCCAUGCGUCUCGAACGACCGAAAGCCGGACACGAAGGCUCAAAACAUGGACACGAUCUGCGUCAAGGAACGCCUCGCCAACGUCUUCUCCCUGCUCGCAAUCGAGGAACCAUCUGACUCACCACUCGGGAACAAGCCUCUCAUUCUCGAGAACGACGGCAUGGGUCCCGACUUCGCUCUCUGGUGCCACAUCAAGGACAUGAACGACGUCCGAGAGUUCAUCAAGGAAGCGUGGCUUAAGUAUACGAGUGGAGAGCUCAGCAUCGUGCUUGUGUCACAGCUUGCCGAGGUCGGUAUCGGUCUGAUGCGUAUCGAGGAUGAGAAGUUCGUUGCACAGUAUCCCCAGUUCAACGACUAUUGGAAACUGUUGGAAUACUUUAACCUGGAGGUUCACGGCUCGGGAAAGACAAUCUGUGUCACGCCACUCAACAUCAUUACCAACGCUCAAGCUCGUAACGAAGAGCUCAUCAGGUUGAUCUGUCCGGCCGCGGCUGUGCUUCUUCGAGAAAUCCGAGAUGAGAUAAAGAAGCUCGCUGGAACGACGGAGGGUAAAGCGUUGCUCCGCUACAGCAGCAAAGCAGAAAAGAUUCCCUCGAUGAGAAUCCUCGAGCUGGAGGCCUACGACUUCAGCUCGAUUCUCGAAGUCCAAGUUCCCGAGCUUCUCGCAUGGAUACAUUUCCACAAGGCCAAAGGAAAGCGCUCAUCCACCCAGAUGUUUGACCGAUUGGAAUUCCUGUGCGGUAUGGCAGACUACUACGACUCUGAGCUCACCCCCACUUGGCUGGUUAUGGCUUGUGCUAUUCAUCUCGAUUUGUAUGAGAUCAUCGGCGAUAAGCCCGCUGUUACUGCAAAGGCAUGGCUGGCCACUACUCGUGGAAUGAAACAGCAACUCGACGACAUCAAUGCUCACUUUGCUGGCCUGGACCAUCCCUCCUCGGACUGGAGAGCAGAGCUUGCUCCGAUCUUUCGCAGGAGCGACGGCUCGGAGGAUCAGCUGUUUGUCACCAAGGUGGGUCUCGAGUAUCAGCGGUCAAGAGGAUACUCCUACGCAGACUCUGACAUGCUUGGAAAGGCGACGUCAUGCAUCAUGGGAUCCCCAUGUGUCGCCGGAGGAGCUCUGUGGAGCGAUCGCAUGGCGUACCACAAAGUUGGAAUCCGCUUUGCCAACCUGGACUUGACACUGUUUGCUUUGGCGAACUUGUACACGGCCAUCACCAAAUCGAACCUUCUCAAGUCAACAUGGGAGGACAUACACUUCCUCAUCAACACGCACAAGCCACACACUCCUCUGGUCCCUAAGAUAGCUGGUCCCUACGAUGCGGCGUCUCAUCUUCGACACUACGUCCGGUCCCUCGGAUGCUCCCUUGCUCAAACCUCGAAGUACACCUCAUCUUCAGCUGUUCCCACGCACGAAUUUGUUGUGGACAACCAUUGCACCGCCGUAUCACCGACAUCCGAGUUUGUCGUCGCCAUUACACACGGGUAUCACGCCAACGACCUGCUCGACACCUUUGACAGGGGCGACCUUGUCGAGACGGUGUUGACCAAGCUCACGGCGGAGUCAAAGGGCUUGAAGCACGGCACCAAGGGCAAGAAAGGUAAGAAGGGCACGAAGCAUCAACCACAAUUCACCGUCACGGAAGUUCUCUCUACAUUCAAAGACCACAUGAUAAAAGAUGAGCUUCACCUGAACUUCGACUAUCCUGCUUUCUACAUGGUCGGCGAGAAGAUCCGCCGGGGUCUCCACGAUCUCAUUCCAGACAUCAAGGACCAUCUUGUCGGAAUGGCUCUCUGGGAGAUCGUCUUGCGCAUCCUUAGAGACUCCGCUACUGCCAAAGAGCCUACUCUCCUCCAAAAGGCGGCCGUCAUCGUGGGAGACAUCAUCAACGCACCCGGCGUGAGUAACAAAUUCUCAAAAGAAGCCCGCAAUGCCUCUUCAGGUGGGAUCACCAAGAGUCUCGCUCCGAACAUCAGACCGUACAAUCCUGCGUGGACAGCGGAAUUGUGGGAGUACUUUGUACGUCACCGUCACAGCCUGCACAACGUCAACAUGACAAUCGCCUCAUCCAGUGCGUCAUACAUCACAUUCUACGAUCCGAAAGGCAGAAAAGGAAACAUCGAUCGCAUCACUGAGGCAGCCGAGCGAUUCUGGCACCUCUGGUCUUCUGUUCGGUUGCGAAUGGGGAUCGGGGGCAAGCUGGAAGAGGCCAAUGCGAUUGGUGUCCAGCGUAAAGACGGCAGCAAGAUCACUUUCCCGUUGCCUGCUACAAUGAAGUCACUUGGUCUGAGGGGGUUUGAGGGCUUCGGGAUUCCGUUGCUCGAGGCGUUGGACACUCCGAUGGAAGAACUGGCGAACUGCAGCAGCUUGAAAUGA